AUGGCAGCAGAGGAUCAAGCAAUGGACAUCGACACAGACACUACCGAGCAGGAGAUUCUCCUCGCCGCCACCAACCACGACAUCGACUCGCUACGCCGUCUCUUGCGUACGCCCAAGGGCUCCGCCAAUGUUGUCGACUCUGAUACUGGAAUGACUCCUCUCCACGCUGCAAUUGCUGCAUGCGAGCCCGACGCCGACACCGCACAAGAUAAGAAAGAUAUGGAUGUUGAUGAAGCUGCAACACUCAACGACGCUGCUCUGGAGGAAGACGAGGCUCUCAAGACUGUCAAGUUCCUGCUGGAGAAUGGCGCCAUCUGGAAUGACUUGGACGACAACAAUGAGACUCCUGGAUGCCUGGCUUUGCGACUCGGUCUGAAGAAGUGCUACGAGGCCAUGGUCGAGGCUGGUGUUCGUGCCGAGCUUCUGCUAAGCCGUCUCGAUGGCUUCGAAAUGCUGGCACAGUACGAGGACGACAGCGAAGAGGAGCAGGACGAAGUCGAGGGUUUUGAAAUUGUUGAGGGCGAGAAUUCUGACUCUCUGCAAGCCUCCAUGGUUGAGAUCGAAGAGAGUGCUCCUGAGCUUGUCGGUCCCGACGGCACUGUACCUGCCACCGACAGCGUGCCCGAGCUUGUUCAAGUCGAUGAGAACGGUCAAGAGACAAAGGUUGAUGUCAACAGCGAAGACUACCUCGCCUCACACCUGACCUUCAAGGGCGACAGACUGCUGGAUGCCGACAAGAAUGGUGUCAUGAUGUCUUGGGAAACUGAUAUCAUGCAAAAGACUGUCGACCGCCUCUGUCCUGAGCCCGGCCUUCGUGUUCUCAACGUCGGUCACGGCAUGGGCAUCAUCGAUGGUAUCUUCCAAGACAAGAAGGUCGCAGUCCACCACAUCAUCGAAGCUCAUCCCGAUGUUCUUGCUCGCAUGCGCAAGGAUGGUUGGUACGAGAAGCCCGGCGUCAAGAUUCACGAAGGCAGAUGGCAAGAUGUUGUCCCCAAGCUCGUUGAGCAAAACGAAGUCUUUGAUGGAAUCUACUUCGACACAUUCGCCGAAGAAUACAAGGCCUUGAAAGAGUUCUUCACCGAGUACGUCAUUGGUCUUCUUGACCCUGAGGGUCGUUUCGGUUUCUUCAACGGACUCGGUGCCGACAGACAAGUGUGUUACGACGUCUACACCAGAGUGGUUGAGAUGGACCUCUUUGAUGCUGGUAUGGACACCGAAUUCGAGGACAUUCACAUUCCCGAUCUUGAUGAGCAGGGUGAAUGGGAGGGCGUGCGUCGCCGUUACUGGGCAUUGGACAACUAUCGCCUGCCCACCUGCAAGUUUGUCGGUUGA